UGAGAUCCAUCGCUUCCCGUGGUGUUGCCGUCUUCCGGUGAGAAGUAUUUUCCGGCUAGGGCGGAGCUAAGCGAUCUCCUUCCGACUCUUUGGGUUGAACAGAGGGAAGAAAGGGAGGCGUCCAGCGGGAUCUGGCAGCGAUGAAUUCCUCGUCUUCAUCUAUGGGCGGCGAUGGCAGGCAUGACGAUGACGCCGCCCUCACUGAAUUUCUCGCCUCCCUCAUGGAUUAUACUCCCACGAUUCCGGAUGAGCUGGUGGAGCAUUACCUUGCAAGGAGUGGCUUCCACUGCCCCGACAUACGAAUAACAAGGUUGAUUUCUGUUGCUACACAAAAGUUCAUCUCAGAUGUUGCAAGUGAUGCUCUUCAGCAUUGUAAAGCCAGACAAGCAGCACCAGUCAAGGAUAAAAGUAAGCAACCAAAGGAUAAGCGGCUUGUCUUAACAAUGGAUGAUCUUUCAAAAGCCCUCCAAGAGUAUGGAGUGAACUUGAAACACCAAGAAUACUUUGCCGACAGCCCCUCUACCGGAAUGGAUCCCAUGUCGAGGGAGGAAUAAGCGAACACCCUGGAUUUCUUUGAUCUGUCUUGUUGAAGGAUUCUGAUGGUUUGGCCUGUGACUUUUCGCUUCCUAUGCCUUGACAGUUCAACCUAUAGCUUAAUUGAAAUGUAUAAUAAUUGAAGCUUAAUGGUUGUGGUCCUACUUAAAUUGAGAUGACUAUGGAUCAUCAUUUUUGCUUCUUACCUUCUUGUGUUGUUGUUGUUAGUUUAAUGAUGUCUUUCUUUGA